AUGGCAAUAGAAAACACAACGGGUAGCAAUGAAUUCGCGACGAUUUACACUAGAGACGGUCUCGCUAAUGACUCGUGUCAGGAAUAUGAAGGUCCCCAGGCGAGGGUCUUUAAAAUAAUCGUCAUUGGGGAUUCAAAUGUUGGAAAAACCUGCCUAACGUACCGGUUUUGCGGUGGUAAAUUUCUUAACAAUCCCGAGGCAACAAUUGGUGUAGAUUUCAGAGAGAGGUCCCUGCAACUUGAUGGGGAAAACAUAAAGUUGCAGAUCUGGGACACGGCGGGUCAGGAGCGUUUCAGGAAGAGUAUGGUGGAGCAUUACUACAGAAACGUCCAUGCCAUCAUCUUUGUCUACGAUGUGACCAGUCUGGCUUCAUUUGAAAGUCUGCCGGAGUGGAUUGAGGAGUGCAGACGUCACUCAGUUCCUCCCAUGGUCCCCCACAUCCUAGUUGGGAACAAAUGUGACUUAAGAGAAAGCAGAGAAGUAUCUACGUUUUUAGCUCAGCGACUGGCUGAUAGCUACAACUUUCCCCUUUUUGAGACGUCUGCAAGAGACCCUGCAGAAAAAGAGCAUGUAGAUGCCAUUUUCCUCACAUUGGCCUACAGACUGAAGAAUCACAAGCCGCUGAGACUGAAACAGCCUAGCGAGAGUAACUUCAUACAGCUCGCCGCUGAACAGGAGGAGAAGACACCCUGUUACUGCUAAUACACUUCGGCCCAUAGAGUAUUAUGCAAUAAUUCAAGACUUAUUGGGAGUUAUGCGGUUUAAAGGGAUAGUUCACUCAAAAUUGUUUGACUUGUUACAAACUUGUUAGUUUAACACAAAAAAAGCACAUAUUUUGAGGAAUGAUAAAAUCUUGUAAACAGUCGACUUCCAUAGUAUUUGUUUUUCCUACUAUGGAAGUCAAUGGUUACCCAUUUCUAACAUUUUUCAAAGUAUCUUCUUUUGUGUUCAGCGGGGGAAAAAAGUACUUGAGAAAAAGUAAAUAGUAGAUUUUCAGUAUUGAGUGAACUGUCCCUUUAAUAUAACUCUUUAGGAUUUAUGUUUGUAUCUAUGUGGAAUUUGAUGGCCUAAUUUAUGGAUCAUGGGCAUUUUUUGGGGCAUAUUUUUUGUUAUUCCAUUCAUUCCACAUGUUUAAGCUAGUUAUGUUUGUUGUAUCAGGAAAAACCUGCCUAUACCUUAUUAAUGAAUUUUAUUAUUUAUUAAAACAAGCUCAGCGCCUUGGAGACCUCACUGUUAUGAUCCUAACAACUUGCAUGUUGUUUUAAUGUUCACAAUAUAUCAUAACAACACCAAGUCGGUUGCUAUGAUGAUGCAAUGGUAUGCAAUCUGGGGCAUGUCUGACCAUCAUUAUUCUGCACCGUGAGCUGUUCUUUUAUGUUUGUGGAUACAGAUCACUUGCUGUUAUGUUUACUUUGCACAAAACAAGAAAUUCUGCUACUAAAGAAUUGAAUGCAAACUUUUGAUCCAAAAUGAAUCUUGUGAGACGCUUGUCUAAUGAGUAACUUAAAGGGAUAGUUCACCCAAAAAGGAAAAUUUUGCCACUGUUUACUCAUCAAACAUGUUUCUUUUGCUGUAGAGUCAUUGGAGGGUCAAUAAAUAGUGAAGGACGUUUCAUAUUUGGUUGAACUAUCCCAUGUGAACACUAGUGGGCAGCACUAUAUAUGAAAUUCGUAUAUGAAAUGAAAGGAAUCGGAUUGGAAAUGCUAUAUUUCACACACUGUAAAACCCAACAGUCAACUUUAUCAAAUGAAAUGAGUGUAGUUAACUCAAAAUUGACUGAAAGUUAAGUCUACUCAUUUAAAAAGAGUUUUGAAUUCAGUGUUGAAGGUAAUGAGUUAAUUAAAUCCCUCAUUACUUCAACGUAAAUGGAGUAAGUUCACAGCACUCAUAUACUCAAAUGGUUUGUAGCAAUCAGUUUCCUCAAACGGUUUGAGUUGCCUUUAAACUUAUUGGGUUUUACAGUACUCCGUUGGUUUGAGUUCUCUUCAUUUAUCAGGUUUUACUGUGCUCAAAUUGCUUUGUUUACUCAAAUGGAUUAAGUUCACAGUACUCAUUAGGAUUAGUUUUUGAACCUAAAUGGUUUGGGUUACCUUCACUCAACAAUGCACCCUUUAUCUUAUAUGAGAACACAUAUUCCAGCAUUAAUAUGUUUUGUUUACAAAACACUGUGUUACCACGUUUGAGAACAUAAAAGAAAACUCAGACAACAAAAUGAUCUGGAUGCAAAGUAUUUAUUAUAAAUAGAACUAAUAGAACAACAAAUCAAGCAAAACAAACAGUUGUCUAGGGAUAAAGUACUUAAGAUAUAAUCACAACUAACUUUAACUACAUGAUAUAAAUAAUACAAAACAAAACCAUAAGGUUACAGAAUGGAAUAGAUGGUAUUGACACAAGGACAUCCAAGGAGCUACAACGUCCUCCUGAAACUAGCAUAACAACUUUUAUUUAAAUGCAUUGACUCAAUUGGUGAGCAAGCAGGCGUCCAAUCAGGAUCCAAACUAGAAUAUUGUGGUCGUCACAAUUGCGACAUGCUCUGAAACCUUAAAUAUAUUAUGAUGUUUAAUGUAUUUUAGAAAGAAUUUCAGGCUACAGUAAGUAUUCAAACGCAUCUCAAAGGCUUGAUCUAACCAUUUGUUUUGAUUAUGACCAACAGAAAAAUGAUUAUAUUGCACUUUAAAUUGAGAUUGUAUCAUGUUUAAGCUUUAUCUUAUAUAUUUGGCGUCAUAUAUUGUACUUGUCAUUAACUCUCAGAUGUGUUUCGAAGUGAA